CCAAAACACCACCGCCUGCGCCAUCUCCAUCACCAUCUCCUCCUGUCUCUUCUCGACUCUCCUUCACCCGGUCGCCUACGUCCCUUCUCCUCCAUCGACCAUCAACCCACCGCUCGCACCGCCGCCGAUCGCAGCACCCGCCGUCAGGCGCCACGUUACGAGCAACAGCUCCAUCUGCUUCCAUCACCAUCCGCUGCUCCUUUUCCGUCCCCAUCGCACAACCGCGCGCACUACAGUUGCAACAUCGCCUACACAGAAACCCUCGCUGCCAUGGUCGGCCUUACAUCUGCCGCCGGCGUCGUUGGCUUCUUGUCAGAACCCGAUCCAGCCCUCCGGUCGUUCGCCCUUCAGCGCUUGAAUAAGGACAUCGAUCUAUUAUGGCCAGAAGUCGCCGGGUCUGUGAGCCAGAUUGAGGCGCUCUACGAAGAUGAAUCUUUCGCUGAACGAGAGCUCGCGGCUCUGGUCGCCGCCAAGGUCUACUAUCAGCUACAGGAGUACGAUGAGAGCAUGGUUUUUGCACUGGGUGCCGGCAAACUGUUCGAUAUACACCAUGCCGGAGAGUUUGAGGAAACCAUACUCGCCAAAUGUCUCGAUACCUACAUCGCUUUGUCGGCCAUGCAUAACCCCCCGAAACCGGCGAGUACUGCCAAUCAGCCGCCGCCUCAGUUAACAACGUCUUUCACGACUGCGAACGGAGUCGCCAGCACAUCUGCGAGCAUGACGUCUCCAACCACGCCCUUCUCACAAUCAACUCUGCCCUCAAAAUCUCUCCUGUCAAGGCAGGAUUCGUCAACCUUUGACCCUUCCAUUCCGGGUGGUGGAAACGCGGGCGUAGUUGGCGCUCAUCCUUCGCCGCUGGCAUUACAGAGGAGUGUUCAAAAGAAUUUGCAGGCAACCAUUAGGCGUAUCUUUGAGAGCUGUUACGAAGUUGGUGCAUACCGACAGGUCGUUGGUAUUGCUAUUGAAGCUCGGAAUCUUGACGUCCUUCGGGAAGCCUUCCUCCGCGCAAGCCAGGAUGAAAAGAAGGGCAAGAAAGCUGAAAGUGACACUCCAGGGAAGAGCGAAGAGCUCAUGGAGUAUGUCCUGGAUAUUUGCAUGAACGUGGUUCAAGAAAGAGGACUUCGAAAUGAGAUUCUUCGACUCAUUCUUGAUUUGCUCAACGAUAUCCCAAACCCGGACUAUUUCUCAAUUGCCAAAUGUGUUGUUUACUUGAAUCAACACUCCAUGGCAUCCAACCUUUUGCGCCAACUCGUGUCGAAGGGUGACGCAAGAUCGCUAGCCAUUGCCUAUCAAAUAUCUUUCGACCUAUAUGAGAAUGGUACCCAGGAAUUCCUAAACAAGGUCAUGGAGGAGUUGCCUGAGACCGAAGAGGACGAGGAGGAGGCGCAAGACGCAAAGCCUGCAGCCAACGGAGGUGCUGUACAGCCUCGCGGAGAGGAUGCCGCUGAGACAGACGGACUCUUGUCAAACGCAGACAACAGUAACGAAGCCCCGACAAUAUCCACGGUAGUUUCUCGAACCAAGCCGAAAGUGGCUUCGGACGAGGAUCAGAAGGCUUAUACCUCUGUUCGGUAUAUACUCCGGGGUACCAAGAGCAUCGAGCUCAAUCUAGAAUUCCUCUAUCGCAACAACCACGCCGAUCGAAAUAUUCUAAAUAAGGUGCGAGAUAGCCUGGAGGCGAGGAACUCCAUCUUCCAUACUGGAGUCACAUUCGCCAAUGCCUUCAUGAAUUCAGGAACUACAAACGAUAGCUUCUUCAGGGAGAACUUGGAAUGGCUCGGCAAAGCGGUAAAUUGGUCGAAGUUCACUGCAACAGCCGCCCUCGGAGUGAUUCACAGAGGCAAUAUCACACAGGGACAGAAGCUAUUGGAGCCAUACCUACCCAAGGAGAGCAAUGUACCCGGCUCUCACUUCAGUCAAGGUGGAUCGCUCUACGCCCUGGGUAUGAUCUACUGCAAUCAUGGAACGCAUGUCUUGGACUAUCUUCUACAACAGUUCCAGAAUGCUUCCGAAGAAGUGGUCCAGCACGGCGGCGCCCUUGGUCUUGGUGUUGCGGGAAUGGCGACGGGCUCGGAGGACAUUUUCGAUGCAUUCAAGGCCGUCUUGUACACCGAUUCGGCAAUCAACGGUGAAGCCGUGGGGCUGUCCAUGGGACUGGUUAUGCUAGGCACCGGGAACAUUAAGGCCCUUGAGGAUAUGAUCCAGUAUGCCCACGACACUCAGCACGAGAAGAUUGUGCGGGGUCUCGCUCUGGGCAUGGCACUCAUCAUGUAUGGACGUCAAGAGGCAGCUGAUGAGCUCAUCAACGGCCUACUCGAGGACCCGGACCCAACCCUACGGUACGGAGGAAUCAUGACGAUCGCGUUGGCCUACUGCGGAAGCAGUAGCAACAAGGCAGUCCGAAGACUACUCCACGUUGCUGUGAGCGAUGUCAGCGACGACGUCCGAAGAGUCGCCGUAAUGAGUCUUGGAUUCGUCCUGUUCAGGAAACCAGGAAGUGUGCCCCGCAUGGUGGAGUUGCUUGCUGAGUCGUACAAUCCGCACGUUCGGUACGGCGCGACGAUGGCCCUGGGUAUCGCUUGCGCUGGUACUGGCUUGGACGAAGCGAUCGAUCUGCUGGAGCCCAUGAUGAAAGACUCGACCGACUUCGUUCGACAAGGUGCUUUGAUCUCGCUCUCGAUGAUCUUAGUACAGCAGAACGAGGCGAUGAACCCCAAGGUUGCUACUAUCCGCAAGACUCUUCAGAAGAUCAUUGGCGACCGACACGAGGAUGCUAUGGCUAAAUUUGGCUGCGCUCUAGCACUCGGUAUCAUCGAUGCUGGGGGCCGCAACUGCACGAUCGGACUCCAGACGCAGACAGGCAACCUGAACAUGACUGCCAUUGUUGGCAUGGCCGUCUUCACACAGUACUGGUACUGGUUCCCACUGACGCACUUCUUGUCGCUGGCCUUCACACCUACGGCUAUUAUUGGCGUCGACCAAGAUUUAGAGAUCCCGUCGUUCAAGUUCCACAGUAACACCCGUCCGAGCAUGUUCGAUUACCCACCCGAGCAGGAGGUUAAGGCGGAGGAGGCGCCGGAGAAGGUCAAGACGGCAGUUCUGUCCACAACUGCGCAAGCCAAGCGUAGGAAACUAGUCAAGGCUCGACAGCAACGGCGGGAGAGUAUGGACAUCGAUCAGACCCCCACUACGCCCAAGAUCUCGAGCGCCGAUGACGACAAGAUGGACAUUGACGAUGAAUCAUCAAGGGGCAAGGACGAGAAAGACAAGUCCGAGGGAGAGAAGGAGGGAACUCCAUCGACCGAGACCCUAAAGAAGAGGGUUGAGAAGGAGAAAGUUGGCUACGAGCUGGAGAACAUGUCGCGAGUCUUGCCCCAGCAGGUGAAAUACAUCAGCUUCCCCGAAGAGCGAUAUGUCGCUGUAAAGAAGGCAACUGGUGGCGUUAUAGUACUAGAAGACACGCAACCUUCAGAGCCGAAGACUCUUCUCGAGCUGAAGGUCAAGAAGACGGCGCCGGCUCCAGCGCCAGGUGCUCCGGGGCGGUCUCUCACUGACCGCAUCAGUGACGCGUACGCCACGCGAGACUCGAAUACAGGCAGCACGAACAGUGGAGCGGCGGAGGCUGCUGCUGUGCUGAACGCAGUCGACGAGGAUGACGACGACGGAGAGGAAGCAGAUGUCCCGGGAGAGUUCGACUACGUGACGGACGAGGAGCAGGAUGACUGAGGUUCUGGAGCAGGGGUUUUGUAACAUCAUUUUGGGCCUGGUUCUAUCCGUGGAUUACUACAUUGCAUUCUCGCGGGCGAAGGAGGACGAGGACGCCCCCUGGC